UUCCGGCGGGUUCGCUGGGCGCACGGUUGCAGUUUCCUAUUCCUCGCGCUCCCCACUGCCACCCCUGUUUCUGACCCCGGUAGUGGUUUGUCUGUGGCGAGAGAGUGGGCCCGCGCCCGUCUCUGUCCUGCCCCACGAGGUGACCUUGGUCGAGUCCCCUGUCCCGCCGAGCCGCGGCGCCCUUCUGUGGCGCGCGGGCCGGUUAGGGACCCGGCUCUAGAGCGGUUGAGGACACGGACCUAGAACGGACCCACAGGCUGUCCCGUGGCAGGGGAACCGCCGGGCCGCCAGGGGCGGUGUGUGGGCGUGAUGCCCCUACACGUGAAAUGGCCGUUCCCCGCUGUGCCGCCGCUCACCUGGACCCUGGCCAGCAGCGUCGUCAUGGGCCUGGUGGGCACCUACAGCUGCUUCUGGACCAAGUACAUGAACCACCUCACCGUCCACAACAAGGAGGUGCUGUAUGAGCUUAUCGAGAACCGAGGCCCAGCCACCCCCCUCAUCACCGUCUCCAAUCACCAGUCCUGCAUGGAUGACCCUCAUCUCUGGGGGAUCCUGAAACUCCGCCACAUCUGGAACCUGAAGUUGAUGCGUUGGACCCCAGCGGCUGCAGACAUCUGUUUCACCAAGGAGCUCUACUCCCACUUUUUCAGCUUGGGCAAGUGCGUGCCUGUAUGCCGAGGAGACGGCGUCUACCAGAAGGGAAUGGACUUCAUUUUGGAGAAGCUUAACCACGGGGACUGGGUGCACAUCUUCCCGGAAGGGAAAGUGAACAUGAGCUCCGAGUUCCUGCGCUUCAAGUGGGGAAUCGGGCGCCUGAUUGCAGAGUGUCAUCUCAACCCCAUCAUCCUGCCGCUGUGGCAUGUCGGGAUGAAUGACGUCCUUCCUAAUAGCGCCCCCUACUUCCCUCGCUUCGGACAGAAAAUCACCGUGCUGAUCGGGAAGCCCUUCAGUACCCUGCCUGUGCUCGAGCGGCUCCGGGCAGAAAAUAAGUCAGCUGUAGAGGUGCGGAAAGCCCUGACUGACUUCAUUCAGGAAGAAUUCCAGCACCUGAAGACCCAGGCGGAGCAGCUCCACAACCACCUGCAGCCUGGGAGAUAGGCCUGCCCCGCCCAGACCUUGCAGGGCUACCUCAGGGCCCUGGGAGAGGUCUGCUGAAGCGUGAGGAAGAGGCAGCUCCAGGACCCACAGCCCAGCUGCCAGGCUCCCAGGGCUGCCUUUGGGUUCUCCCCGCACAUACAGCUGCAGCUGGGGAAUGGACUGAUGCUUUGAGCUCAGAUACGGUUUUUCAGACAGAUUUGUUCAUAGCCCUUAAAGGGUGCCCUCUCCUAGUUGGUGAGCACUCCAGCUCCUCUGUGGUUCUUCAGUUGAAUGAAAGGUCACAGCUGCUCUUCCAAGGGCUGGUGUCUGGAGGGAGGGUAGUGGAAGGGAGGUGGGUAGCUAGGCCAGAGCCUCGGGGAGGGGCCCUCAGGCCCUUGGCCUGGCCUCCACCCACCUGCCCCGAUUUGGGAGCUGCUCACCCACGUCAUCAGGGUGGCCUUUGGCCACGGCUUCCUUCUGCCCCAGCUUCCCACUGGCCUAGGAACCUCGGGUAAGGCCUGGCCCCGGGCUACAGGCAGAAGAGCAGCCCUUUGCCAGAAGUGGAGCCCAGCGGAACAGAGGCUUCAGCAAGAGCGUGAGACCUGGCCACUUGCCCCAUGCUGGGAGCCACUGACUUCUCGUCCUUUCUGUGUCUCAUCACUCGAGUCCCCUGGGGCUGGGUUCCAUGUUUUGUAAACAAUAAAG